AUGGAGCAGUUUGCCUUGCAGCUGGGCGAGGUGUCGAGGCUUCUAACUAGCUUCGAGCCGCGGCAGCAGCGGGUGGCCCUUGCCGCAACAAACCAUGACCUGGACACUUUGGAGGCGGAGCUCCAGGAGCAGUCGGGAGAGCCAGACCCCGACCCCUUCGGAGUCCGUGAAUGGUGGAAGAAGACGUGUCCGGAGACGGUGCAGCGGCUGAAUUGGAUACAGGAGGAUCAAGAGCAGAACAUGGGGUUUGUGGGCUCGGUGGAGACUGACGUCCUGAUUAAGUUGCAGGACUGCAAGGCCGAGGCGGAGGAGGCGGACGCUGCGGAAUGGCAAGAGUGGCUGCAAGGCCUGCGCGACCAGGGUCUGGAGAGCCUGAAGCACCACACGGAGAGACUCGCGCAGGUGGUGGAUGGCGAUCAGAUGCAAGAACAGGACGACAUCUUGCGGGGCGAAGAGCUGAAUGACAGCCAGAUCCGGCUCAUGACCCCGGAGCAGAAGUCCCUUGCGCAAGAGGAGGCCCAGUCCAAACGCGAGAAGACGCGCUUCCUGGCGGGCGCAAAGCUCGCGAAGGAGCUGCUGGCGGGAGGGUUGCCGAUGCACCUGGACCAGGUGCAGGGCUUGUUGGCCAAGGCGCACCAGGCCCAACAGAUCGGCGAGGCUGCAGCUAAGAGCCAAACGCAAACCAGCGAGGAGUUGGAGCAGCUGACCAGCUACAUCCAGGAGACGGAGAGCUACAUCCAGGAGGGGCCCCUGCGUGUGGCGAGGGAAACCACCGUGGAGAACAUGGAGAGCUGUCGGGAGGCGGCCAUGGACGCUUUGCAGAACGCGGCCCUCAAGCUGAAGACGCUGGUGACUUCGAUGCUGCACUACGAAGCGCAAUGGUGGCUCGAAGAAAAGCUGCGGGCUGAGGUGGCACGAGGGCGCGAGAGCGUGCCGGCGGCCCAGACCGCGAAAGACCUAGCGGCAGACGCGGCGAAGCUCACGUUGGUGGAGGCCGGCCGCGCUGGGUCAAGCAUGGAAGAAGCGGUGGAGGCGGCGGAGGCGGCGCUGCGGCCGCGGGCGCAGGGCGCCACAGCGCUGGCUCUGGGCAACGUGCUGCUGGCGCAGCAUCUCUUGAAGCGCCUGGACGAGGACAAAGCUGCAGAGAUCAGCUCGAAGGACAAGGCGUUGCAGAGGGUCAAGCAGCAGGUGCAAAGCCUCACAGAGAAGCUGCGGCAGGGACAGAGCUGGCGGCGAAGAAGUCGGAGCAGAAGAAGCUGGAGGACGCGUUGGCCAGCUGCGCAGCGGAGCUGCGCGAGGUGCAGGAAGCGGCCGCCGCUGCCGAGAAGCAGAAGAAAGCCUUCGACGAGCUGA